GAGCGUAAAUGGAUAGAUUGGUGCAAGAAGUGGACAGUUCCGAACACCAAGACAACCAAAGGUCUUCCAUGGGAUAACCACCUCUGGAAGAAUGUUGUCAGCAACGCAAAAAUUAGUCCAUCGGCUUAUGCGGUAGCAGUUGGAACUUGGUGGUCUUUGAGCGAAGGGAUUUUGAAUGAACCGUACAGUAAAUUUGAUGCGAAACUUGUUCCGAAAGUCCUGGAAGCUGUUGGCAAAAUGGAAUAUUUGGCAUGGAGUCAUACCACUGCAGUAGAGGUUGCCAUGGCUGCCGAGAAUAUAUAUAAAGGCAAGACAUAUUGGAUCGUGAUUAAGGAAACGAUGAAUCUAGCAAGGUUUAAUUCAGGAAGUAAUGUAUACAAAACCUUGUUGAAAUGCUUCCCAAAUGAUAAAUCUGUUCCAGCUACAGGAUUAAGCAUGAACUGUGCAAACUUGGUGAAGAUAUGGCUUGUUAGAAAUCACCUGGUUGGACUAUCGGUUGCCGUAAGCGACAAUCUUUCAUGCCUAAAUUCAUCUUCUAAUUAUCCAAGCUGGUGUAUGAAUAAUAAAAAAUUCUCCAACGGAUUUGAAGGUGUCAAGAAUACAAUUAAUAUUCUUGCGAAUUAUUAUGCAAAUUAA